AUGAUGUGGUUCACAGCUGGUGAUUCGAUGGAGACUGUCGAUAAAGUCACUGAUGAAAGAAAAGUAGAGCCAUUGCCUAUUCUGAUUGUGAAGAUUGUACUUGGAAUCUUUGGUUUCAUUAUGAACCUGUGCGUACUACUUACUCUGACAUUACGACUGAAGUACCGAAUUUACAUCAUUAUGAUGACAUUGGCA